CUCUGCCUUGACGCUCUCUUCCUCUGCACCUCAUCCAAGACACAGGAGGCCUUCCAUCAGCACUCAGAAUGUCCAAGGAGCCCACUUCCAACCUGGAAAGCGCCAUGCAGAUGUUGAUCAAAACCUUCCACAAGUACUCGGGGAAGGAAGGCGACAAGUACACGCUCAGCCGGGGGGAGCUGAAGGAGCUGCUGCUGGAGGAGCUGGGGAGUUACUUAGGGAACUCCAAAGAUAACGAGGCGGUGGAGAAGGUCAUGAACGACUUGGACGCCAACAACGACGGCGAGGUGGACUUCACCGAGUUCAUCAUCCUGAUGGGCGCCUUGACGGUGGCCUGCAACGACUUCUUCCUGGAGUUCAAGACGGACGACAAGCCCAAGGGCAGCGAGGCGGCGCAGUAG